UUCCACAGGAUGGGUAAAUUAGAACUGCGGUUGAUCUUCAAUGUCGACGACGGGAAAUCCAUACAAGAGGGCUGAUUGACAUUGGAUUGGAUCUUGAGCGAGGUUUGGCGGCUCAAUGUUGAUAUCCAGUUCUCUCAGGCCGGACGGCGCAGUCGAUGGAAGGGGGUCGUUGCCUGGGUGGGUUGAGGACGGCGGGACAAGUUCUGGCGAGUUGAAUGCAAUACCAGCCUUGUAGCCUCGUGCAAUCUACAAGAUUCACCUUUAAAGUUCUCAAUCUGUAAGUGUUUGUAUGGUAUGACUUUGGAUAGAUUGAAUACAGAGACAAAGGCAACAAUCGCCUUUCAGAUGCUUUUGUUGUCAAAUCAAGUUCUACAAUUUCAACUUCUUUGGAAUCCUCUGGGUUUUUCGAUUCAAAAUCAGUCACUUCAGGUUCAAAGUACAUCAAGAUUGAUGAACAAAUGCCAUCCUUUGCGAUAUCUACAACACUUUUGGGUUCAGUAAGAGGCCAAUUCCUAUAUUCCCAUGUUGACCAAUUGCAAUUGUACAAUCUAUGGUGGAACAAAGGUGAAAUUGGAAGCUGAUAGAGGCUAUGAAGGAACAAAGACAGAGGUCCUGCAGUCCUAUUUUUCAUCUUCAUUUCUCCGCCAUUGCUCGUUGAAGUUUCUGAAGCCAAUCAAGACUGUGAUCCUCUUCUAGAAGUUGAUGGUGAAGCUAGAUCGUGCUUGAUUUAGAAUAUGUGGGUUUAUGAAUUAAAUGGUGGAUCAAAUUUUGUGAGUGAAUAGAUGGAUUUCUUAUGGUAGUUGGAAGAAUGUUGAAGAAGGGAUUAAAGACUCUGAAAUCGCAUGAUCUGGAGCCUAACAGAUCCUAACAGCGCGUGUAUUGCACAAACCGUUAAAGUUCUCAGGUGAGCACCCACCUAGGUGGUUGGAAGAAGCUCCGUUGUUUGAAUACAUAGAAAACAGAGGAGGAGCCUGUACAAUGUUGGUUCGGUUCGUGACUCCGAUCCACUCACAGACCCGAAACAAUCGUUUCUGCCCACUUCUCCAUAAACCCUACUUUCUUCCCCAAACCCCAAAAAUGGUGACUCCUACUCAGGCCAUUUCCAAGAGACCCAUUUGCCCUUCCUGCUCCAAACCCGUCCGGCUCUGCCUCUGCAAUCGGAUCCACAACCCGGGGCUCCACAACUCUGUAAGUGUGACCAUUCUUCAGCACAGCUUUGAGAAGAACCACCCACUUAAUUCAGCUAGGAUUGCCAGAUUAGGGCUUAAGAAUCUGAAAGUGGUUACUGUUUUUGAUGUACAUUUUGAUGCCCGGUUCGUUAUCCGGUUGCUUGACCCGGAUUCGGACCGGAAUGGUUCAAAGGGUGCAUCUUUUGAUGGAGCUGUGGAAACUGGAGAGACCCAGAAGGUGGAUUCUGGGUUUUGUGAGUCGGAAAUUGGGGGUUUUGAAAAUUCAUCAAAACAGAGAAGGUGUAGUAGUGUGGUUGAUUGUAAUGAGCAAUGUAGUUUUGGGAAUGAUGUAGGUGAUAUAAGUAGUGCUCAAAAUCAAUUAGGAGGUGUGGAUUCUGCAGAAAGUUGUAGUGUACCGACCGGUGAUGCAUUACUUGUAGAGCAAGAACAUGAAUUCACUAGUGAAGGUGUGUUUGCUUUGGAGGCUUGUCAUAAGCAUUUGGAUGGACAAUCCAAUGUGGAUGAGGCUUCAACUGCUGUGACAUUGGAUUCACUAUCCGAUGAACACAAGUUUUCUGGUACAGAUUUUGAUUUGGUUGAAGGUGUUGAAGUUAGUAAUGCUGGACCUGUUAUAACGGCUACAAUUGGCAAGAAUGGUGUCAUUAGCUCACUUACUCAUACUUGGAUGCCACAAACCCAUCACAAGAAUUCACAAUUUGAUACGAUCUCAGACAUUACAGAAGCGCGUGAGGCUCUGGCAAAGGGAUUCAUUGUACAAAAGUUGCAAAAGCAGCCACCCAAAGGAGAUGUAGAGUUAGAUGAAGCUGUAGAGUUUGAAGUAGAAGUUCCUCCGGGGUCUGUUCUCUUGUUUCCAUCCAAAGAAGCAGUUAGUGCUAGUGACCUUGAAGCCAUGGAUAUCAAGGUCAAGAAUUUGAUUGUCUUGGAUGGAACAUGGUCAAAGGCAAAGAGAAUGUAUGUGGAAAACCCCUGGUUGAAGCUAUUGCCACACUUGAGGUUGGAUAUGGACAAGCUGAGCUUGUACAAUGAAGUGAGAGUCCAGCCCAAGCCGGGGUUUCUGUCCACCAUUGAGAGCAUUGUGUAUGCACUAAAGGCGGUAGGGGACAGUCCGGAAGGGCUGGACAAUCUCUUGGAUGUUUUCGAGUCCAUGGUUGGAGACCAGAGACGAUGUAAAGAAGAGAGAUUGAGCAAUGUAUCGCAGCCCGGCUAAGUCUUCUACUCAAUUUCACUUUUGGCACAAUUGUCAUC